AUGCAUCCCACCGAUGUAUCCGAAUCCCAGACCGAUGUACUGAUCAUUGGCGCUGGUCCGGCAGGCCUGACGGCCGCCUACUGGAUGGCGCAAUACGGCGUCAACGCCCGCAUCAUCGAUAAGCGCGGCACCAAGAUCUUCAAUGGCCAAGCCGAUGGUCUGCGAGCGCGUACUCGGGAGCUGUUCGAUAGCAUGGGCAUCGAAGACCGAGUUGAGCGGGAGAGCAAAACCUCCUGGGAAUUUCGUGUCUGGAACCCCGAUGGGAAAGGGGGUCUUGAACGGACUGGCGGCCUUGGAUUUACCAAGGAGGCGUACGCCAAGUCCCGAUUUUUCAUUUGCGGCUUGAACCAGGGGCGCAUCGAGCGCUUCUUACUAGAUGCCAUCAAGGAAGCCAAGCCAGACCUCGAGGUCGAACGCGGCGUCAUUGCUGAGACGCUUGAAUGCGAUGAAAAGCUUGCGGCAGACCCAGAGGCCUACCCCAUCACUGUGAAGCUGAGGACGCUAAGCGAGGAAGAAGCCAAUCCAUCGCCAGCCUACGGGUCUUCUGGUGUGCGCGACGGGUUGUUCCGCAGCAAUUUGUCUCCAGAUGACUGGGAAGACUUGAUCAACAAGUCGAAAGCCAAGGAAGGGAAGACUGAGGUAGUCAAGGCGAAGUACGUCAUUGGCUGCGAUGGAGCGCACAGUUGGACAAGGAAGCAGCUCGGUAUCAAAAUGGAGGGGGCCGCUACUGAUUUCAUCUGGGGUGUCAUGGACGUCGUGCCCAUUUCGAACUUCCCGGACAUGCGUCAAUCUUGCGCCAUCAAAGGCGACACCGGGACGAUCUUGCUCGUCGCAAGAGAGAGGGGCCUCGUGCGCCUCUACAUCCCUCUCACCUCAAUUGACGACCCAACAAAGCGGGUCGACCGAUCAAAUAUCAAUCUUGAUAUGCUGAAAGCCACGGCCCAGAAGAUUUUCCACCCUUAUACUUUCGACUUCAAGAUCUGCGACUGGUGGUCUGCCUACCAGGUCGGUCAACGCGUUGCGUCCGCUCUGUCCGAUCCGACGGACCGUAUCUUCAUCGCUGGCGACGCCUGCCACACGCACUCGCCCAAGGUCGGUGCCGGCAUGAACAUCAGCAUUCAAGACGGCUACAACAUUGGCUGGAAAGUCGCCUCCGUCGCCGCGGGCCUCUCGCCCCCGACUCUCCUCCCCACCUACGCUCUCGAGCGCCACCCCAUCGCCGAGAAGCUCGCCGAGUUCGACCGGAACUGGUCCAGCCUCUUCCUCCCCAAGGGAGUGGCAGCCGCCGCGAACGACAAGGCCGAAGACGGAACCAUAGCAGACUUCAACACCACCAACGCCCGCUACGAAGACUUCGGCCAAGGGUUCGUGCUCGACUACCCCACCAGCGUCGUCGUCCACCGCUGGAACAAGUCUGCCCCCUUGCUGCUACCCGGCGAGCGCUUCUGGCCCGCCAAGCUGACCAGCCAGUCGGACGGCGAGCGCCAGUGGUCCACGGGCAUCAUGCGCAGCGACGGGCGGUGGCGCGUCGUCGUGCUGGCGGCAGACGUGGCGGUGCCGGAGCAGAUGGCGCGGGUGCAGGCACUGUGCGGAAAGCUCGAUGGAGAGGAGGGGGUUAUUCGGAGGUUCACGCCAGCAGAGGGCAAGAAGGACGCGGUCAUUGAUGUCAUGGCUGUGCACUCGGCGGAUAGGUCUGCGGUGGACAUCUUUGACUUCCCGGAGAUCCUCAGGCCGGAGGAUGAGAUGAGGGGGUUGGAUUACCACAAGAUCUGGGUGGACGAGGCUUUCGAGUUUGAUCAGGACUGCGAUGGUAAGGCGUAUGAAAAAUGGGGCGUUGAUCGGUCGAGAGGAUCAGUGCUCGUGAUGAGGCCGGAUCAGUGCAUUGGGUGGUAUGGAGAUCUUGAAGAUGUUGCUGAGAUGGAGAAGUAUUUCGAGGGCGUCCUCAAAGUCCGUGUGUAG